CGCGCUGUUCUGACUCGCCAUCGCAGGCGCAUCGCAUUCUUCUGGGAGUCGACGCGAGCCGCACACCGACAUUUUACACCAAACGGAUAUUUACUCGAUAAAACCAGCGCUGUUUGUUGGAAACACAGAGAAAAGAGGAGCAGAAUGGGGUGUCGAGAGGUUUUCAUAUUACUAAUGGUCGCGACGUCGACGCUCGCUGUGGAGGUGCCGUCAGACUCCGGUACCGGACUGCUGGCCGAGCCGCAGGUCGCCAUGUUCUGCGGGAAACUCAACAUGCACAUCAACGUUCAGACCGGAAAAUGGGAACCCGAUCCAUCUGGAACCAAGAGCUGCAUCGGAACAAAAGAGGGAAUCCUGCAGUACUGCCAGGAGGUGUAUCCAGAGCUUCAGAUCACGAAUGUGGUGGAGGCCAAUCAGCCCGUCAGUAUCUGGGACUGGUGCAAGAAGGGCCGCAAGCAGUGCCGCAGUCACAUGCACAUCGUGGUGCCCUACCGCUGCCUGGUGGGUGAGUUCGUGAGCGACGCUCUGCUGGUUCCUGACAAGUGUAAGUUCCUGCACCAGGAGCGCAUGGACAUGUGUGAGAGUCACCUGCACUGGCACACCGUCGCCAAAGAGUCUUGCGGUGACCGUAGCAUGAAUCUCCAUGACUACGGGAUGCUGUUGCCGUGUGGUAUCGACCGUUUCCGUGGCGUUGAGUUCGUCUGCUGCCCUGCGGAAGCGGAGAAGGAGUCGGACAGCGCUGCCGUGGAGGAGGAUGAUUCUGAUGUGUGGUGGGGAGGAGCGGAGGCCGACUACAGCGAGAACAGCAUGACUCGAGAUGCAGACGCUGAACCCGCUGUUGUAGAGGAUGACGAGGAUCCGGAUGAGGAAGUGGACGAGGCUGUGGACAACGACCAGGAUGGAGACGGAGAUGAGGACGAGAAGGAGGACGAAGAUGACGAGGUCAUCGACGAGCGCCGCGACAUCGGCCAGAGCACAAGCGUUGCCAUGACGACAACCACGACCACAACAACCGAGUCGGUGGAGGAGGUGGUGCGAGAGGUGUGUUUUGCAAGCGCAGAGACGGGCCCCUGCAGGGCCAUGUUGCCCCGCUGGUACUUUGUGCGUGAGGAGGGCCGCUGUGCGCCCUUCAUCUAUGGAGGCUGCGGAGGAAACCGCAAUAACUUUGAGUCGGAGGAGUACUGUCUGUCUGUCUGCAGCAGCGUGUUGCCGACUCCCUCCUCCAGCCCUCCGGACGCAGUGGACCGAUACCUGGAGACGCCAGCGGACGAGAACGAACACACUCAUUUCCUGAAGGCCAAAGAGAGUCUGGAGGCCAAACACCGCGAGCGCAUGUCUCAGGUGAUGAGGGAAUGGGAAGAGGCCGAGAGACAGGCGAAGAGUUUACCGCGCAAUGACAAGAAGGCCGUGAUCCAGCACUUCCAGGAGAAGGUGGAGGCGCUGGAGCAGGAGGCGGCCAGCGAGCGUCAGCAGCUGGUGGAGACGCACAUGGCUCGCGUGGAGGCGUUGCUGAAUGACCGCCGGCGUCUGGCCCUCGAGAGCUACCUGUCUGCCCUGCAGGCCGAUCCGCCCCGGCCGCGGCAUGUGUUCAGCCUGCUGAAGAAGUACGUGCGCGCCGAGCAGAAGGACCGGCAGCACACGCUCAAACACUUCGAACACGUGCGCAUGGUCGACCCCAAGAAGGCUGCGCAGAUUCGGCCGCAGGUGCUGACCCAUCUGCGUGUGAUCGAGGAGCGGAUGAAUCAGUCUCUCGGGCUGCUGUACAAGGUGCCGGGAGUCGCUGAUGAUAUCCAGGACCAAGUCGAGCUGUUGCAGCGCGAGCAGCAGGAGAUGUCAGCUCAGCUGGCGAACCUGCAGAGCGACGUGCGGGUCAGUUACGGUAACGACGCCCUGAUGCCCGACAGCACCGCCAGCCUGGACCUGCUGCCCGCUGAAGACACGCAGGGCUUCGGCUUCAUUCACCCCGAGAGCUUCAACCAGCCCAACACACAGAACGAGGUUGAGCUGGUCGAUGCCCGACCUGUCGCAGACCGAGGCCUCCCGACCCGACCAGUGUCUGGACUGAAGCCUGACGAUGUUCCUGAGCUGCGGAUGGAAGCCGAAGAGAGACACAGCGAAGUUUACCACCAGAAACUGGUUUUCUUUGCGGAGGAUGUGAGCUCCAAUAAAGGAGCUAUUAUUGGCCUGAUGGUCGGAGGAGUUGUCAUAGCAACCAUCAUCGUCAUCACCCUGGUGAUGCUGAGGAAGAAGCAGUACACGUCCAUCCACCACGGAAUCAUUGAGGUGGACGCUGCCGUGACCCCGGAGGAACGUCACCUGUCCAAGAUGCAGCAGAACGGCUAUGAAAACCCCACCUACAAGUUCUUCGAGCAGAUCCACAACUGAUGGCGUAACGCCUCCCCCCUCACCCUCACCCUCCCCGUACCCUCAUCUCCAGACGCUGCAGAAGACACCAGCCGAAUCUCACCGCGUCAUAAACAUCACGUCUGUUAUUGGCCAGUUUCUGUGACUGUCAAUCAAAGACGACCUCCCACUGGCUGGAUGAACAUUCACAUGAUCAGAUUAGUUCUGUUGGGGUCAGUUUCAGGUUGUUGAAGAUUCUGUUUCAGAUUGAAUGCACAAUUCAAAUCACAAAUCAAAUUGAAUGCAUAAUUCAGUUUCAAUUGGAAUUCAAAUCACAAAUCAGAUUGAACACAAUUCAAGUUCAAUUCAAAUAAAUUUGAAUGCAUAAUUUGAAUUCAGUUCACAUCAAAUGAACGUAAUUCAAAUUAAUUUCAAAUCAAAAUUAACGCAUAAUUUCAAAUUCAUUUCAAAUUAAUUUGAACACAAUUCAAAUUCAUUUCAUAUCAAAUUAAACGCAUAAUUCGAAUUCAUUUCAAAUAAAAUUUAACGCAUAAUUCGAAUUCAGUUCACAUCUAAUUGAACGCAUAAUUCAAAUUUUUCACAUCAGAUUGAACGCAUAAUUCGAAUUCAGUUCACAUCAAAUUAAAGGCAUUAUUCUGAUUCGAUUCGCGUCACAAAUCAAAUUGAACACAAUUCAAAUCACAAAUCAAAUUGAAUGCACCAUUAAAAUUCAGUUCAUAUUCAAAUCAAAUUAAAUGCAUAAUUCAAAUUUGAAUUCACUCCAGAUUUUUCAACCAUGACCUCCCAUUGGCUGGAUGAACAUGAUCAGAUUAACGCUGUCAGAAGAUUGUUUUUUUUUAUUGAAUGCACAAUUCAGAUUCAGCAUUUAGGGCCGGCGAGUGACUGGCGCGUCGUGUCCCCUGCACCGUCUGCUCUCACUACUAAACGAGUGAAACACUGGGAGAUCUGAGGGGUGAACGUCCGAGACUUCAUCCCGUCAGACACGCCUCCUUCCCUCCUCUUCCUCCCUUUUUUCAUCGCACACUGACUGCAGCUGCGCUGUGUUUGGUGAUCAUUAAACCAGUCACAUUAAAAUCUAGUGGUAAAAUUGAUGUCCUUCUGAAUGAGAUCUUGAAAUUGUUUGAUUGUUUCUGGUUUGUUUUUCAAGAAAAAAAAAGAAUAAUUGUAAAAAAAAGAAAUUUGCCAAAAAAAAAAAGAUUUUUUUUUUUUGUUGUCAAUAUUAAAGUAAUGCAAAAAAGAAUAGUUGUAACUAUGUAGUGCAUGAUAGAAAAAAUGAUGGAAAAACUAUUUGGAUCUUGGUCUUUUCUCACUUAGAGACAUUUUAGCAGGGUUAAACAGUAACUUGUGAAAAUGUGAUUUGAGUUGCACAAAAAAAUGAUAAACUCAAUUGGCUUCUGCUUUGAUACAACUUAAACUCAAUUAAACGGAUCCAUGCUUUUACUUCAAUAUUUUUUUUAUCAGCGGUGGCUGUCGAUGUACAUUUACUGUCUUUAAUGUUUUCGUUCUAUGCAUUUCAGAGAUUUAUUUACUCCUUUAUAAACAGCUAUUUAAUUUUGAUUUUCCAUUGGACUCGUGGUUGUGUGUGUUUUUUAAGCGGGUGUUCUGGGGCGGGCGGGUUUUCGGGUCGUUCUCUGUAUGUUUGUAUCCAGUCGGUUUUGUGUUCUCCGAUCACUCUUGUGUCCACCGAUGUAGAAAACGUCUCUCUCUUCUUCAUUUCUCCUCUCAGUUUUCGUUCUUUGCUGCAGAAACAGAUGCAGCACUGCAGGGUGAAGCUGCACAGUAUCCACUGAGAGAUAAACGCCUUCAUCUCACUGCAAAAUCAAAAGAAAACAGCCAGGAAGAUUGUUUUGCAUUGCAACAUUAUAUUUUAUUUCACCCCCAAAUUGUCAUUAGCCUACUGUAAUACAACAAAACAUUGAAAUUUAUUAUAUUAUUUAAAGGAGAUAUAUGUUAGAAUUUUCAUUUUAAUCACCUUUUAAUGCCAAUGUGUGAACAGCUAGUAUCGAAACUUAAAAAACGAGACCUUCCCCGACUUCCUGUGUUGUCUAUGAAAGCCUGUAGACUAAUGUUUAUGUGAAGGACUCGGGACGGUUUUGCCGGGAAAAUCAAAAGGAUGUGACGGUUACGCGCUCGCGAGAGCCUCGAACCAAUGCUUAUGUUCAGGAUAAUGUCGAAAGAGCCGCUCUGUACUGUAAUGUCAACGUGUCAUGCAAAGGGGAUUAAUUCAAACUAUAGACCUUAUGCAACGUGCGCGCAGCCAUUUUGAGAAUUUUGUCUUCGAACUUCCGUUUUUGCGGUAGCUUUGUAGCCUAUAUUUCUAUGGCAUCGCUGUCAAAGAAUAAUUAGCUGGUGAAGUGGAUUUACUUACCGUACAGUUGACAAAAGUUAUCAUGAGCACUGUAAAACACGUCUUAACAAAUGUCAGUAGACCGGGAAGAUUUUAAAACGAACAGUUCAUUCAUAAGUAAGAUCGCUGUGGAAAUACAAACCGGAAGUCAAAAGCUGAAAAGGGGCGUGGCUACAUAUAAGUCUCGCUUAGUCAGGUCUAUAGUCUACAGUCUCAAAUAUACUUUAUAAUCAAACUAUCAUACCAGUGUGAUUUAAAUUACCUCAUCUUGAAUCGCAAACAUAUCCACAUCGCUAUGAUCAGAUGCUUUCUGAAGUGCUGUUUUCAGUCAUGUUUGUUGUGUUUAUCUUGUUAUUGAGAGGAAAGCGAAUAUUUACAUUUACAUAUUCAUCUAAACAUCGCUGUUGAAUGGCGUCAGGAUUAGUGCGAGCACGAGCAAUAAGUUGCAGCUGCAGUUCACUUAACAGCCACAGGUGUCGCUAAUAACAAGGGUUUCUGAAUUUUACAGUAUAGCCCCAUUAAAUUAUUUAUCAUGGUCAUAUUUGUACUGAACUGAUUUAAUGCUAAUUUAUUAUUUUUUAUUAUGUGCUUAAUUGACAUGAAAAUAAUGUGGCAAUGCAAUAAAUAUGAAUGGCUCUAAGAAUAGGCUUAAUUUUCUUCAUGCAACAUAUUAUUUAAUUUUUCUUUUGAUUUUGGGGUCAAAUCUGAGUUGGAGGAGAUUCUAAUCUGUUCUGAUGCAUCGAGCAUCACGUUUGUCUCACACCUCUUGUUGCGUUUGUUGUAGCCAAUUCUAGAAAGUGUCUCAUGACCGAAUGUGUGGCUGGUUAUCAGGUUACUAGUAUAAACUGAUGGUUAUUAUUGUGUGGCAUCCAGAAUCUGGUGUGACCAGUGUGAAAUGAUUUACAGGUUCAUAAUCCAUAAUCAACCCAUCUAAUGAAUGUCAAUCAAUCGUUUACAGAAUCAUCUCAGUGAUGACCGUCACUCAUUCACACGGCCAGUUCUCAGAUCAGUGAUGCAUCAUGGGUAAUUAUCGGUGUGGGUUGCUGUGGUUAGAGAUGCUGAAUGGUCUACAGAUGGUGAUGAGGUUCUUUCAGUGGCAUUUUUCUGUGUAUCAUUUGCCUUGACUGGAUAACAACUGCGCUUUCUACACUGUAUUCCAUUAAUAAAGUUUUGAAUGUACAUACAGA